GUGACUUCCAUUCCUCGCACAAUUUUCAGUGUAUUUUUGUAUAAAAUUGGAUAAAAGUGCGAUUUUAUGCGGUUUUUUUGCUAAUUAUUAAUUAUUCGUCCGAUAAUUUCUUCCCAGCGGAAGAUUAUUCCAAUUAAUCAUCGUUUUCGUAUUCGUACGUCUGUUGUAAAGUGAUGUAAUCUAUGUGUUAGGCUUAGUUGUAUUAUGUGAACCUCCAGCAACCGAACGGAUAAGACUUCCAAUGGUUUUCUAUUUUAUACCAAACUAUCGUAUUGAUUUGCUACUAAUGAUGUAAAAUAUCUGAAUUAUACAUCAUUUGCGAGUACUGCCCAACUUAAAUAUUCUGGUAAUAACAAGUUUAAUUCAACGAUUGGAAUGACGACUCGCGUAUGACGAUCUGUACGCGCUUUGUGUUUGUUUGGAAAAUGAACUCUUAUCAGCGUUGGCUUCUUUUACAUUAUAAAGUACGAUAAUCACCAAUUAUGAAAAGCCUAGUCAGCUCUAGUGACGAAAAUGCCAGCGACCAAGACUCGAAUAUGGACAAGUACGACGUUUAUUCGAAGGAUAACAAAGUAUGCGAGCUGAAAAACAGCGGUUAUAUGAAACAGAAGAUUAUAUCAGUUAUUAAAAAGAGUCUUAAAACCAACAACAACAAGCAUUCGUUAACGUUGAACGAUGUCUCUGUAUCGGAAGAGAAAGAAAUCGGUAACGGAUGCAGGCAAUCGUUAAAUAUACGUAUAGCUUUGGACGAUAAACUGUUCUACUCGUCUGGAGACACCGCAGCUGGUCCUAUUAAUAUAGAUACGUUCAAACUGAACGAUUCUACUGCUGCGACCACCAAAUGCUGUUCGCAUUGUUCCAAUAAAGAGCUCAAAAGCGAGGAAACUUGGCCUGCGUAUUUUGCCUGCGUCAAAUGCGGUCGAAAACAGAAACGGAAGUGGUACCAUGAGAAUUGCAAAGAGAAGUGUUGCGUUGCAACUUCGAUUUAUUGUGAUAAUUGCCUUAGGUUUAAGUUAACCUCGAUCGAUCAUAAUUUCGAGGUGUUAGACAACAAAUUCGCCAAGUAUAUGUACGUUGUUACCUGUCCCAAUGGCGGAGGUAUCUCGCUACAUAUGGAUUACGAAAGAAUUAUGCAUUUCACCGAAGACGAACAGCAAUUCAUCGCUAAAGAGUUUCUAAAGGAAGCGUUCAAAGAAGAUAAAAAGGGGUUUGCUCAAUUCACCAUUGCCAUCGUUCAUAACGGAGCAUCUUAUAUGCCGGAUUUACUCAAAUUAUUAUCCGAGCUGCAUCCUACGUUACCAGUUAAAACUACAAAAUUGAAAUGUAACACUGAAACCGAAGUUAUGGAUUUAGGAACGUAUUAUACUAAAGUUAAAGAAACUUACAGUAAUGGUACGUUCGCCUUUAAUCCGCUCAACGAGAUUCAAGCUGCUUCGGUCAAGAACGACGAAUGUGGUGCUUAUUUACCUGAAUUGCUAUCUUUGUUGGAAAAAAGUGCUUUCCUAACGCAAGUUCUACCUUGGAGUGAUAUGACUACAAAAAGAUUCAAGUCGCCUCACGAAUCCGACGAUGGGCCUAUAUUCUGGUGCCGUCCUGGUGAACAGAUUGUCUCUCUAGACCGAAACAGUAAACGAAAUCGAUGGAACGCCGAUGAAAUUGAAUCCUUUUUGAAAGAACGGCAACAAAAUUUGAAAGAUUUCUGCGAAAAAAGAUACAUCGUAGAGGAGCUGAAAAAAUACCGUCGGAGUUACUCGUCCAGAGAGGUCUUAUUUGAAGAUCGUACCAGACCUCAUGCUGAUCAAGUAUGGGGCAACCACUUCGAAUGUACUGCCGCCGUUGGUGUAAUUCAAGCAAUUCACCCGGAUGAAAUACCCGAACAAAAUCGCGCCUGCAAGGAGAUCGUCGUGUUCCAAGCUAAACAUUUUGAAAUGCUCGAAGCUCUAUUACAUAUCGAUGUGACAGCUGCCCCUAAACAACAAUGCGCCGAAUGGUUGGACGAUGCAAAGCUCAACAUGAUAAGGCAGAUGAACAUUAAGUAUUCAAAGCUACAUUUAUACGAUAAUGAUAUCUACUUCAUACCCCGCAAAAUCGUGCACCAAUUUAAAACAAUCUCGGCUACGUUAAGCGUUGCUUGGCAUACGAGAUUAAUCGAGUAUUACCUGGAACCGGAUCCGCCUCCGGUAUCAGAGCCAGCAGAAGGUUCAGACGCAGCAACCACGUCGACUGCUAUUAAAAAAGAACAGCUUUCCGACGACGGCAACGAGUCGUCCAGUUCAUGUUCCUCUGAUUCGUUACCGCCUCCUGGUAGGAAGAGAAAGACACCAACGGCGACGCCCAAAAAAAGACGUAAACUUUCGUGUACUCGAUCGACUGCAUCGACCGAUAACGAAGCUACACCUCGUAAAAGGAAGAAGCCCAGGUCACGAUCAACAACGCCUAUGAAGCGAGCCGCGGCCGAAAAGACGCCCAAAAAGAGAGUACAAAAGACACCCAAAAAAGCUCUCGUUCUUGACGAAGAGCCGCAAGAAGAAAACCAAGAACCAGCUCCAGCUCCAAAGACACUCCAACGUGCGAAAAGAUCUCCUUCGCCUGAACCUCAGUCUCAGCCAGCGCCUACAAUACCUCAGCCUGAAGAAAAAGCUCCGUCGUCUAGAUCUAGCAGCCCGGUUGCUGCUCCUGCUGCUGCUGCUGCUGUUGUUACAACCAAAAUUAAAAAGGAACCACGAUCGAAAUCACCGCUACCGACGAAAAAACGCGAUAGCGACGUAUCUGAUCGAGUUGAAUCGAGGAAAUCGCGAUCAAGGUCGCCAUCCCAGGCCAAGAAACUUGAUGAUGAUGAAUCUGGCCAAGAUGAUGUGAGGAAAUCGCGAUCAAAAUCGCCUUCUCGGACCAAAAAACGUGUCAGUGACGGAUCUGAAGCAGGUGAAUCGAGAAAAUCGUCGUCAAAGUCGCCGUCAAGGUCGAAGAAAGGUGAUAGUGACGAAAUAUGCCGCAGUGAGGCGAGGAAAUCACGAUCGAAGUCUCCGCCACGUUCGAAGAAAGGCGAUGAUGACGAAAUAUGCCGCAGUGAGGCGAGGAAAUCACGAUCGAAGUCUCCGUCAAGUUUGAAGAAAGGCGAUAAUGACGAAACGAUUCAAGCUGAGGCGAAAAAAUCACGAUCGAAAUCGCCACCUCAGUCAAAGAAACAUGACAACGACGAAAUAAGCCAUUGCGAGGUGAGGAAAUCGCGAUCGAAAUCGCCCUUAUCGACGAAAAAAUGCGAUAGUAACGAUACCGGUGAAAAAGAGCGCAAGAAAAAGAAGAAACAUCGCCCGAGAUCAAGAUCAAGGUCACGUAAACACAGCAACACCACGCCCCCUGAUAAAGAUCGUAUCAAAUCAGACACUUCGGAGAGUAAAUCAUCGGGCAAAAAGAAGAAAAAAGACAGAUCGAGGUCUAAAUCGCCCAAAAAAAGCGAUAAAUCAAAAGACACGGCUGCCGGCUCGUCGACGGUUGUAAAAUCGAGCAAAAAGUCGAAAAAACACGACGAUCAGCCCAAGUCGUCCACCGCCAGUGAGACCGAAAAGCAACACCAUCGUAAAAAACAUCGCUCCGAUAAAGAUAAAAGAUCUCCCAAGAGACGCGAACGCGAAAAAACACCCACGACGGCACCUACGGUAUCGUCAGCAGCUGUCCAAGAGGUCAAACAAGCCUCAACCGAAGUCGAAUCACGCCUAAAAUCUCCGCCAUCUUCUCUCAGAAGUCUGAGCACGGAGAAAUGCGUGUCACCUUCGCUCGCUUCAUCCGCUGAUGAUGGAUCUCCGUCGAAAAAUAUCGAAGUACCCACCGCUACGACUGCUGAAACCGAUCAGGAAGAUAUUGUUACCACCGUUGAAGAUCCUGCAACGACUGCUUCGUCGCCGUCGAACACAGAUAAGACAACUGAUGCGAUAGAAGAAUCGCCUCCUGCGUCUCCGUCGCCCAUUCGUGAACCCGAAGAACGAGCGCCGACUCCGCCCGCUUCACCAAAUCAUAUCAAACCAGAGCCCAACUCACCCGAGGUUCCAGUCAAAAAAGAAUCGCUCGAGAGUGUCAUCAGUUCACUCGCAGCCGGCUUAAAAGACGAACCCGGUUCGGCGACAGCUCCGGUGCCAGAUCAGGCGCCAGAAACUCAGCAGAAAGAUACAACGGCGAAAUCGGCCCCGGAAAAACCAGUCGUGCAGUCUGAGAAACCCGCCGUGAAGAAACCCGUUACCAGCUCCAGCAGUACCGACCCUACGAGCCGUAAAGAGCAUCGGAAAAAAGAGAAAUUAUGGGAUACGCCUUUAUUCAUGCCACAAGAUUGUGAUAAAUACGCAUGGACGAAAAAAAAAUCAUCCGCCCCUCCGGUCGUAUCGAAUCGAGCUACGAUUACUAAAAACGGCGAUAAAAUCGUCAAGCAGAAGACGCUGAAUUCGAUAUCGAACAAUAAUAUUAAUAAAACGGACGAAAAAAAUGAUACUGCCAAUAUAACGAAACCUGCCAGAUCUCGAUCCAGAUCACGAUCUCCUCCGCCUUGGAUUAAAAAAAAAGAACGUAAACAAGACGACGAUAAACUUUGCCCGCCGCCGGAACCUCAGAAAAAACCCACCAAUUCGAACGAUAAACGAGGCAACGUCGAAAAAGACAAAUCCGCGUCCUCCUCCUCCGGCAUAUCUUCUGAGAAACAUCGCGAUAAAGAAAAGAAAUCUGAGCAUAAACGUAACAAAGAAAGCGCCAGUUCUGCGAGUAAAAAAGACACCGAACGAUCGUCCGCCUCGGAGAAGAAAAAAUCAUCGUCUUCGUCUCAUACCAAAGAUAAUAAAUCCACGAACAGUAGCCAAUCAUCCGAGAAAUCCGCUAAAGAUCGAAAUCACGAGAAAAGAAAACGAUCUCGGUCACCUUCGGAGAAACGACAUCGUGAUAAGAAUUCGUCGUCGUCGUCGCCACCUCAUUCAUCAUCGUCGUCGUCCAAAAAACACAAAAAACAUAGAUCAAAGAGUCGCGAUCGUACUGAUACAGCUUCGGAAAAACCCAAAAAUACCGCCGCUUCGAAUACAGAGCAAGAAGCUCCAGCUACGUCGACCACCAUUGCUGCCACCUCGACGGAAACGGUAUCGCUGAAGAAUCCUCAAGAUGCCGAACUAGCUGCAAAUUACAAACUUAUGAUACCUCGUGUCGAGAUCGUCGAUAUCGGAGCAAAGUACAAAAAGACCAAUAAAGGAGAUGCUGCUACCGGAACAGAGAAUCCAACUGAAAGCGACGUUGAAAAAGACACCGCUGAUGUUGAACCAGCUGCCGCUACUAAUGCCGAUGAUCGAAGCCCAUCUGACGAGGCGAACGACCAGACACCUAUGGAAACUGAUCAAAAUGCUACUGAGAAUGUCAGUUCGUCUGAAUCGGAUACUCAACGAGAUGAGUAAUCAAUUACAUACAUUCAAGACAAGGGCUCUAGCCUAGAUUUUUUUUCUCUGGUUUGGUCCGCAAAUCAGUGACGCAUCGGUGAAGGGAAUUUUACUGAUUUUAUAUUAAAUCAACGACGGAAGUCGACUUUCGGACUUCCUCAAUUUAUAUUCGUGGAUCGAAAUCAUGUGCGGCAAGUUCAUUGCUGUCAAUAUCAAUGAUAGAUAAUUGUUGAUCUCUAGAGUAAAGUUAUUAUCGACUCGAAUCGAGUGAUUUUUAAUAUCUAAUCCCGUUCAAUUAUUAUUAUCAUUGAUUAUUUUUUUUUCUUCAAGUAUUAGGUUUAUUUGGUUUUAUAUUUGUGUGUGUGUGUGUGUGUGCUGGUUAGAGAGGAAGGGGGAGGUAGUAUUAGAUUCUUUCUAAAGAGUUGGAUGAAGUCUGCGACUAGGUUAUAAAUAUAUCGAAGUAUGUAAUAUAUUGAUCAAAAGUGCCAAAGCAUUUGUAACGGAGUUUUCUUUUGUUUAUUAAUUUUUAUUUCACUAUUUUUCUUCUCUCUCUUUCUCUCUCUUUUGUACUAUAAUAAUUAUUGUAAAGUGAAGGAUAAAAAGUUGAAAACAUAAUGUUAGAAUUAAUUAAACUAUACUGUAUGUACUUUCUCGUCGUUGUUUUGAAAUGACGAGGUGUUUAUAAACGUGUCUCUUAGUGACUUUGAUUUUCGAUAGUGACAGUUUUAUUUAUUGAUUUUUUUUUAUGGUAUUAAUAAUUAUGUUCGAGUUUUUAUUGUUUUCUUGUGUAUUAAUUAUAUUUUUUUUCUUUUCAUUUUA